AUGGCGGAUAGCGCCCAGCGAGCGAUGAACAACGUCGCGGAAACCGACUACUGGGCCUCCCCCACCACCCAAGUCUUCGCCUUCAUCGGUCUCCUCUACAUCACACUCAAGAUCUUCUCGUUUUGGCGACUGAUAGCUUCCCUGUUCAUACUCCCCGGCACUAACCUCUCCACCUUCGGCAAAAAGGGCACCUGGGCAGUAAUAACCGGCGCCUCGGACGGCAUAGGAAAAGAAUACGCCCUCCAGCUCAGCAAAAAGGGAUUCAACGUCCUCCUCAUCUCCCGCACGCAAUCCAAACUCGACUCCCUCGCCACCGAGAUAAAAUCAACGCACAAUGUCGACGUCCAAACCCUCUCCAUGGACUUCGCAGCCAAUAACGACGUCGAUUACGCCAACCUCCAAUCCAUCCUCCAAGGUCUAGACGUGAGCAUCCUAAUCAACAACGUCGGCUUAUCGCACAACAUCCCGGUCCCCUUUGCCGAAACCCCGGAGAAGGAAAUGCGGGACAUUAUAACAAUAAACUGCACCGCCACCCUCCGCGUGACCCGCCUCAUCGCCCCGGCCAUGAUCCAACGCCACAAAGGCCUAAUCCUAACCAUGGCCUCCUUCGGCGGCAUCCUCCCCACCCCACUGCUAGCCACUUACUCCGGCUCCAAGUCCUUCCUCCAACACUGGUCUUCGGCCUUAGCAUCCGAAUUAGCUCCUCAUGGCGUGACGGUGCAACUCGUGCAAUCCUACCUCGUCACCUCCGCCAUGUCCAAAAUCCGACGCAGUUCGAUGCUGGUCCCGACCCCGAAGCAGUUUGUGCGCGCGGCGUUGGGGAAGGUGGGGAGGAGUGGGGGUGCGCAGGGGGUCAGUGCGACGAGUACGCCGUAUUGGGCUCAUGGGGUUAUGCAUUGGGGACUUAGCACGUUGACGCCGGGGGUGAUGAAUCGGUGGGUUAUUGGGGUGAAUAAGGGGAUGCAUGAGGGGAUUCGGAAACGGGCGGAGAGGAAGGCGGAGAGGGAAAAGGGGAAGAAGAGUGCGUGA